GGGAAUAUUGUGCCGGGAGAAAGAGACAGUGUCUUCAGGAUUUAAUCUGGCUAGAAAUAGUGAAAAGGAGUUUCAAGGAAUAUAGUUAAAGAAAGUUUGGAUCUUUUUCUAAAAUUUCGAGUCUUUGAAUGAGAAUUUAGGAAGAAGGAAGCAAUGGAGUCUGAUCUUCAGCAGCAGCAUCAUAAACCGCAGCAGCAUGUGAACUCAUCCAGCUUGUUGCGGUAUCGAUCAGCACCGAGUUCUUAUUUUGCAAAUAUAUUGGACACUGAAUUCAAUGAACCCUUCUUCAACCGAGCCCCUAGCCCCGAAACUGAGAGAAUUUUAGCUCGAUUUAUGUCUAGUCAAGGUGGUGAUAUUGGAGGAACAGAAGAGAUUGUACCGCAUCAGAAAGUAGAAACAACUCAGCAACCACAGUUUUUGGUGCCUAAGCUGGAUAAUGAUGCAGCAAUGAUUCAAGAACAAGAACAACAACAGCAGCAGCAGCGACAACAGCAGCAGCAGCAGCAGCAGCAGAGUCAUAUGAACAACUAUACUUCUCAGGGUUUUUACCAAAUUCCGUCUACAAAACCGCCUUUGCCGAAUCAGAAUCUGGCUUCAUCUAAUGAGGGAGCUGCUGCUGCUUAUCCAAUGGGGUCAAAUCAGUUUCCUCUGAUGAAAACUGGUGGUGUUACUCACUCAAAUCUUAUUCGGCAUAGUAGCUCUCCUGCUGGACUUUUCGCCAAUAUCAAUAUUGAUGUGGCAGGGUAUGCUGCAUUGAGAGGCAUGGGAAAUGUUGGAGCGAGUAAUGGCACUAAUGAAGACUCAUCUUUUUCUCCUGCAAGCAGAUUGAAGAACUUCUCAUCAGGGCCACCAUCAUCUACGUCCAGCAUGAUGAGUCCAAUUUCCGAAGUUGGGGAAAAAAGAAUGAGAUCAAACAAUCAAGACCGCACCGGUGGUGGGUUUAGUGAAGGUCGUGGUAACAAUUAUGUCUCAGGAUUCCCCAUGGGUUCUUGGGAAGACUCUUCUCUUUUGGCGGAUGAUAUCAUUGGUUCAACUAACUUUAGAGAUGAUGAUGAUGAUGUGAAAACGAUUACUGGUCUAAGUGCUUCAGAAACUCAGAAUAUGGAAGCAAGAGGUCGCCCCUUGGCUCAUCACCUGAGCUUGCCAAAAACUUCAGCAGAAAUGGCUGCCAUUGAAAAUUUCUUGCAGUUCCAAGAUUCUGUGCCUUGUAAGAUUCGAGCAAAGCGGGGUUGUGCUACGCACCCUAGAAGCAUUGCUGAGAGGGUCAGAAGAACCCGAAUCAGUGAACGAAUGAGGAAACUACAAGAGCUUGUACCUAACAUGGACAAGCAAACCAACACUGCAGACAUGUUAGAUUUGGCUGUUGACUACAUCAAAAACCUUCAAACUGAAGUCCAGACACUGUCAGAAGCUCGUGCUAAGUGUACAUGUUCAAACCAGCAGCAGUAAUAACUUCUUGUCUAGGAGGGACUUUGCCUAUUUUUAUGUACAGGACCAUUAGGACUUGGAAAAGAAGAUAGAAAGCAAUGCUGGACCUCUUCUGAACUGAAAAAAGUGAUAGUAGGUUGUUAUUUAUUAUGUGGGUGGAGGAGAAAUGAAGGGAGAUGCUAAAAGUUGCUGUAAGAUCUAAUCCCAUUAAUGACAUUAUAGGAAGCAAUUUCAAGCUGUACAUUUAUUUUUCCUGCUAGAUGUGACAUUUCAUAUUUAUAGCUGUGUGGAGCUCAAACAAUGUGUUCUCUCCCCCUCAAAGUGUGAGAGAGCUUUAGCUCCACAGCCUCCACCCCCACAUUUUCUUGAAGGAAAUGGGGAUAUGCCAUCAGUAGGCAGCUCCAUUAAAUCACUUGUGAAGCACGUAAAAGCAAGCAUGGUUCUUUUUAUUUUGGUAGGAAUAAUUAGAUAAGAAUGAGUGCAGCAUCUUAAUUCUUACCUGUUCUGAAAGCAUAAGCUUUUUGUUUUGCUCAUUUGUAGUAUCAAAAUCUCUCUGGUUCCCAGUUUGGAUUUGACGUUGAAUGCCCCAGUUUUGAUUGAUUUCAAAGACUCUGACUUCUGUUAGUGCCAUUGAAAUUGAAUGGUUCAGGCAGAUCUAGGUU